CUACAUGUCUGUGACGUCGUCACAACCCGGAAGUGAGAGCGGGAAGGUGAAGCCGCGGGGACAACAAACAUGGCUCGUAGUUUACUUUGCAAAGCGGUCGGUGUGUUUCGGCUCAGCGGGACGGGGCCUCGUUUCUGCUCUCGGUCCGAACCGGAGCCGCUGACGGUGAGACAGCAAAACAACGGAAUAAGACAAAUAAUCUUGAACAACCCCAAGAAGAGGAACGCUCUGUCUCUGUCCAUGCUGGAGUCCCUCAGAGAAAACCUCCUCGCCGACGUGGACAGCGAGGACCUCAGAGUUGUUGUCAUAUCAGCCAGGGGGCCCGUGUUUUCCUCCGGACACGACCUGAAGGAGCUGACGUCCGCUCAGGGCAGAGAAUAUCACACCAAGGUGUUUCACACCUGUGCAGAGGUAAUGACUCUGAUACAAGACAUACCGGUUCCGGUAAUCGCCAUGGUGAAUGGCGUCGCCACGGCGGCCGGUUGCCAGCUCGUCGCCAGCUGUGACGUCGCCGUGGCGACGGAAAAGUCCACCUUCGCCACUCCGGGUGUCAACGUGGGCCUUUUCUGUUCGACGCCGGCGGUGGCCAUCGGCAGAGCUGUGCCACGGAAGGUUGCCAUGGAGAUGCUGCUGACAGGAACUCCCAUCUCAGCCCGCGACGCCCUGCUGCACGGCCUGAUCAGCAGGGUGGUGGCAGAGGAGCGACUCGAGGAGGAGACGUUGGCCAUCGCCCGGCGGGUGUGUCGGGCCAGCCGGCCCGUCGUCGCCCUCGGCAAGGCCACUUUCCAGAGACAAAUGGCUCAAGGCCGAGACGCAGCGUACGCCACGGCCUCCAAGGUGAUGGUGGACAACCUGGCCCUGAGAGACGGGCAGGAGGGGAUCCGGGCCUUCAUCGAGAAACGCAAGCCGGUGUGGAGCAAUAAAGCAGAAAAGGCCCACGACUGAUGGACCGUUGAGAUCAUCACGGAGGAUCCUGAUUGGCACUGGUGUGAAACUAUUUGUACCAGUCCCGCGUCAAUUAAUGGGCUACGCUGGGAAAGAUUACAAUGAUUUAGUAUUGAGCUGUUGACCUCCUGUACUAAAGGUCCUCAGCGGAACCAUUUGGUGCCUUGAAAGCUGCUGAUGAGAAGGGACUCUCUCUGUCUCCACUCUGUGGACUCAUGAAGCUAAAGAAUGCUGCUUUCUGUGUUUGUAUGACUGUACAUGCAAUAAAUAGGGUUACUAAUUGUGAUCGGUAAGGUUUUGUUUGAACGGGUUUCCGGAAGUUAAGUCUACUUCAUAGACUCAGACUCAAUUUUUGACCCCGACAAGUUUAAAUGAUUAAAUUGGUGCAAUCACAGGAAGCUGUAGCAUCUGUGUAUCUUCACGUGUUCUUCAUCUUGACCGUGUCCCCCCCACCAGGACCGGCUCUAGCCAUUGGCUGCCCUGGGCGAUACUAAAAUCCGCCCCCCCCCGACCUAGGCCCACUUUGAACCAUAACCUUUUGAAAUUUAAUAUAAGAAUAUUGAUACAAACACUACUCGUGUCAGGAUGUUAUUAUUUGAUCCCAGAUCCUAGGAAGUUAUUGCUAACUUGUUUUAACUUUUUCUUCCACUUAUUAACUUGAAUUUACUUUGACUCAAACACUGUCUUUGUAUUUUUGGUACGCUCACAUCAGAUUUUAACAAAGUGUGCAGGGUUAAAAAAAUCCAGAUUUUCAAUAGUUAGGGAUUUAAGCAGAAGUGCACCCCUAGUGGUGGGAAGUAUAUUACAUGUAGUAAUGUUUAGUGUAGAACUGUAGUUUGUGUGAUAAAUAGUAAGAUAUUACAUUUGUAUGUUAGAUGAAGUGAAUGCAUUAUAGUCAAUAACAAUUUAUAGCCAUGUAAAUGAUAUAAAUACUGUACACAUUAACAUCCUGUCACGAUGUGAUGUUUAAACCUGGACGGAAGCUAACUGCCGUCCUUUAUGGAUUUCUCCCGACUUUCUUCCCAAAGAGGCUUUUUGUUGGGAGUUUUUUCUCCUGUCGUCAGGUAUUAGACGAGCAACUGGAUGUAUUGCACCACGUAAACUGAACAUGAAUCUCUUAGUUCGUAGAAGAACUCUCCUGCAGCCGCUUUGCUACGUCACCUUUGACUUGGUCUUGGACAUGUGUUCUAAUGCGUUGCUUGACCUCGGAUUUGCUUAAUGGAACUUGUAAGCCUAUAUUCUUAAUUCGGAGCGUUGGUUUGGCCAGAACAUCAACCUGUUCAUUCCCCUCCACACCAACAUGGGCUGGUACCCAGAUGAAUUGGGUGGUUUGACCUCUACAUUAUGAGGAAUAUUUCAUUGAUUACAUCAUUCCUGAUAUCUGAUCUACCGGAUUCUAUGCUGGAAAGUGCUGAGAAACUGUCAGAUGCAAUGACUGUGUUGUGAAUUUCCCUCUUAUCUAGUCACUGCAGGGCCAAUAGCUCUGUGGUAUAAACUGACACAUGAUCUGACACUCUUUGCCUGAUGCAGAUCUCACUCGGGAUAUAAACUGCUGCUCCGGCACAUCCUGUUUUGGGGUCUUCAGAUCCGUCCGUAAAUAUGGACGUAAAGUCUAAGAAGUGCUGAUCAAAAUAAUUCUGUACUAUGCGCCAUGCUGGCUUUUGCUUCGAAUUAUCCUUCAAUUGUUGCUGUAUCCCAAAGUCUACCUUUGGAGAUGGGAAUAACCAGGGAGAGAUGGAGGAGAUUGAGACUGCAGGGCGAUACUGUACAUCACCUACCCACCCAAAGCUUGUGUGGUUGGGUUCUCUAUGUUCCCAGCAGUCAGUCAGAAUGCUUUUGGUUGGGUGAGUUCCACGAUGCCCCUGGAGAUGAACCCAGUAUGCCAGCAUUCAUUUAACUCUUCUAAUCCUCAGGGGCAUCUCUCCCACUUCCGCUUGCAUUGCUGAUACCGAGGAUGUUGUGAAUGAUCCACUGAUGAUUCUCAAUGCUUGAGCUUACAUCCAAUUUGUUGAGGUUUGUUUCUGCUGCUGACAUGUAAGCUACACACACAUCUCAUGAUGCCCAAUAUGUAUUUUGCAACGAUGCUCUACUUGCUCCCCACUCCCUCCCUGUCAAACACCGGAGUAUAUUGACGACUUUUUGACAUUUAUUCUUGACCUUGUCUAAAUGUAUGUUCCAUGUGAGCUUUUCAUCGAACCAAAUCGGACAGUUUUAACUUGCUCCAGAUUUUUAUUAUACAAUUUUAGGGCGAUGGGUGCGAUCUUACGCCGUUUUAAGAAGUUCAUCACUGGUAACUUAGAAUUCCUUCUGACCCCCCCAUUCUCCUCAUCAUGCCCCAUACGUCUGACAGCUGGACCUGGAUCAGCUUUUCUACAGUCAUUAUUCCACCAGGGAACAUUCCUGGUACGUUUGGUUCCUGCACUUUUAGGGAUUGUUUCCUCAGCAGACUGAAUUACUUCAUGAACUUGAACCUGAACGUGAGGUGGUUGGUGGUUAACCGUGUGCCACUUCACUAUCCUAUCAGCACAGUCACUGUCGUCCGAUCGGUCACUUUGAAGCUUUGGACGUUUCUUUUUCCGCACGGUCUCCCACUCUCCAUCUUUCCCGCCACCUAAUUCCAUCUCGCUUGACUCGCUUCCUGCCGCGUCACUUCCCUCUGCCACCCCCCCCGGUCCACGCCUCCAGCCAGAGCCGACCCUCUAACCUGGCCACCCCAGCCAGAGGCCCUCCGACCUCCCAAGUCGUCUUCUUCUUCUUCUUCUCUUAUUUAAUGGCGGACUGCAACCAACGUUUAGCCGCCACCUACUGUACUGGAGUGUGUAUAGUCAUGUCAUUUAAAUUCUACUCCAUAUCUCCAGUCUUUUAAGAAGGUCAUUAGAGCCUUCCUUGUAGUUCCUAUUCCUUCUGAUCCCAGUAUCCCUGCCAGGUCCUGCCUCCUGAACCUUAUCUUUAAGCACCUGCCUUUCCACUUCAUUCAAUGUACAGUUCAGUAUUACAUGUUCAGCAUUUUCUUUAACCCCACAGUUUCCACAGUUCUCACUGUUCCUUUUCCCCAUUAAAAAUAAUGUGCCAUUCAGCCCUGUGUGAUCCACUCUCAGUCUUGUCAUUGCAAUGUCUUCACGCCUGGUAUUUUCCAUGUAGUUCUUUAUACUGACACUUUGAUUGUUAGGCCUAUCAUAACUUAUAUAUAUAUAUAUAUAUAUCAUAACUUAUAUAUAUAUAUAUAUAAAUAGAACCCUGGUAUAACAAAGUCCAAAUGUGGUUGUAACCAAGUUUCUUGAACACAUACUACAUCUGGAACUACAUCUAAUUUACAAAUAUAUUUUUUAAAUUCUAAGCCUCAGUUUGUGUAUUUUCCCCGUUUCCAAGUGCUGUUACAAUUCCUGUAUCUGGUCUGCUUUAACAUCUACUGUAUAUCAAGAAUUCAUUCUGCUGCC